UCUUCUUGAUCAAUUUUCUUCUGUCUUUUGGUGAUGAGGUUUUGAAUUAGAAUGAGAACUGAAUUAAAUGUUAAUUGAACAUUUUUCUUUUUUAAUUUUUCUUUUUUCUCUUUUUUUGUUCGUCUUUGUGUGUAUGUGUGAUGGUAGCGCUAUUGUUUACUGAUCUCUAGUGGUUAGUUGGUUAUUCGAUUUUCAUUUUGAUCGAUAUUUGUUGGUGGGAAAAUGUCUGGACAAAUUAAUUCCUAUUAUGAUGAUGUUAAAAAAGAUGAUCAUCAGCGACAACAAUCUCAGCAGGAACAACUCCGACAAGAAGAAGUUAAACAGGACAUAAUGGAAGCUUGUGAGGAAAGUAUUCCUGUCGAUAGGCUUAAAGUGAUGUUGAAAAAUCAAUUGGAAUAUUAUUUUUCAAGUGAAAAUUUAUUUCGCGAUUCUUAUUUAAAAUCUCAAAUGGACUCUGAUCAAUAUGUUCCAAUCAGCACCGUUGCCAAUUUUGAUCAAAUCAAAAAGUUAACCCGUGAUAUUGAACUUAUAGUAAAUGUCCUUAAAGAAUCACAAUGUACAAGUGGACGAAAGUGGUCAAAAGUGAGACCAGUAAGCAAAAGAUGUGUUCUUAUAUUAAGAGAAAUACCUGAAUCAACCCCUGUAAAUGAUGUACAAAAUCUAUUUAAUGGUAAAGAUUGUCCAAAAUAUGUGUCCUGUGAAUUUGCCCACAACAAUAGUUGGUAUGUUUCCUUUGAAUCAGACGAAGACGCUCAACGAGCUUACAGAUAUUUACGAGAAGAUGUUCAAACAUUUCAAGGUAAACCGAUAAUGGCUCGAAUUAAGGCUAAACCAGUGAUAUCGAGUUAUACAUCAUUUAAGAAUGGAAUUGAGUCAAAUAUUGGAUAUGAAGUAGCCUUACCUACAAUGGAAAGUCCAGUUGAUGCAAAUAGUAUUUUCAAUCCAGCAUUGGCAACACAAACUCAUCCAGCUUAUCAAGCAAUUCCACCAAUUUUUCCAACUCUAUUUACACCACCGACUACUAUGCUUCACACAUAUCCUCCCCCAACAACUGCUCAAUGUUAUGAUUUAAGUACUGUAUUCACUUUAAAUGGCCUAUCUCCACAUGCUGCUUUCAAACCAGUCCACAAUAAUAGACCCAACUGCCCGCCUUAUGUAUAUCGAAACUCAAGGAAAAACAACAAUAAUAAUCACUCUCAUCACAGCCACAAUCAUAAUCAUAAUCCUAAUCAUCAUAAUCAUCAUAAUCAUAAUCAAAAUCAUAACCCAAACCAUAACCAGCAUCAACAUCAGCACCAACACCAACACCAACAUCAGAAUCCGAAUCACAAUCAAAAUCAAAAUCAUGGUAUCACCAAUAAAAAUAAUCCAAAUAAUCCAAACAAUAAUAACAGCAACAACUCCUCCAAUAAUCAUGCCAAUAGUAAUACCAAUAUGAAUAACAAUCAUCCAAAUACCAAUAAUUAUACUUCAUCUAUGCGAUAUUCUAAUGCUAAUGCUGAUGUCGUUGUUGUGAGUGGUGGUGGUGGUGAUGGGAAUGGAAAUGGAAAUGGGAAUGAAGGUGUUGGUGUUGAAUCAACUUCCGUUGCUUCAAUAGCCUCUGUAUCAACAUCACCGAAUACAAUUUGUGAAAAUGAGACACAGAAUCAAUUGGUUAAAUCUAGUGAAGAGAAUACAGAUUGUAAUAUAACAUUGAAUCAAGGAGCGAGUUCUUCAUCUUAUAAAUCGGGUAACAAAACUAAUCAAUCUGCUGGUGAUAAAAGAUCCAGAUUUUCAGGUAAAAGUGGUGAUUCAAGAUCAUCCAAUUCAUCUGUUAAUCAUGAUGAUGGACAUUGGAAUCAUUCGAAUUCGUAUGGAUCAGGAUAUUAUCAUGGAAAUAGAGGGAGAAGGAAUUAUAAUCGCUCUGAUAAUCGAGAUAAACAAGUGUCUUAUGAUAAUGGCCUGAGAUCAUCAAAUCAAGGAUUUCAUGGUUAUCAUGAUGAUAAUAAUAACUCUACUGGUGUUGUAGGUUAUGUUGCACAUGGUGGAAAUCAACACAACAUUAGCAACAAUGGUAGUGUUGUUGUUAUCGGUGGUGGUGUUGUGGGAGCUGUUGGUGGAAGUAUUAUUCCUGGAGGAUCAGUUGUCGGUGUCGGUGGUGGUGUUAGCAGUGUUGGAAGUGGUGUUGGUGUUGGUAACAAUGGUGGAAAUGGUGGAAGUGGAAACGGAUUAUCUACACGAGGAAACAAAGGUGGUAAUAGAAGGCGAAGAAAUGUCGAUGGAGAUAAUAGUAAUAGUAAUAGUAAUGAAGUUGGAUCUUCUAAUUAUGCCAAUGGGAAACACAGCAAUGGAAGAAAUUAUAAUUAUAACAAAGGAAAUCGAAAUAAUAGUAAAUUAAAAGAAGAGAAUCGAGAAGAUAAAGUUACUAUAGAUUUUGAUUUGGGUGCAGCGGCUUUUCCGCCUUUACCGGGUCUUGAUGAUGGAUCAAUUUCGUCAAAAAAUGACAACAACUCAAUUAACACUGGAGAAAAUAAUAUUCCGGACCAAACUAAUUCAACAACAACAGUUAUUGCUACAACUGCAACAACUACAACACUGUCAAUAAAUACUGAUUCUAAUAUUAAAGAAUCUUCUGUGAUCAAAUCUACUGGUAGUGUAAAUUGUAAUAAUAAUAACGGGUCUUUAGCUGAUGUCGUAAGAGGCACAAUGAAAUUUAACAAGAAUCAAGCAUGGAGACCACUUGAUGGACCACCGUUAGUUUCUACAUCGCCUGGAACAGUAGUUAAAUCAGUUGAUAUGAAAGCUGGUGCUAAACAUCAACAACAACAACAACCACAAGGUCAAGGGAAUAAUAAGAAAGGUGGUGAUAGUCGGACCAAUACUGUUGGUGGUGGUGGAAGUAAAAAAGAAAGUGAUGAUAAACUCAAGAAUGGCGACAAAAGCAAUGUUGAUAAUAGUAGUGCAACUUUAAAUGGUAAUGUUAAAAUAUCAUCAGUAUCAACAGUCUCAACAGCAUUAGCUUCAUCAUCAUCUUCCCCAUUACAAUCAUCUUUAUCACCUCCUUCAUCAUCGUCAUCAUUAUCUUCUCAAUCACCUAAAAACCUUAAAGAUGCAAAUGUAUCCAAUUCAAAUGUUACUACUACAACUAUAAAUUCAACUCAAAAGUAA